GGGGUUCCCUCUCCAGGCGCCACACGACUCUCGGUCCCAGCCACAAGCGCUGUCCACUGUUCGUCGCCGACGGAGACAAGCAGGCCGGGGAUACUUGGUGUUUGGCCGACGACCGCCGAACUUGGGGUGCAGAGUGCAUUGCCGCCGCCGGGUAGGGCGCCUGAGGGACCUGGCCGGGAGAGGCGGAGCGGGGAUUUCUGUCAGCGCCAGCGCCCCCGAGCACAUAGACAUGAACGGCUUCACGCCUGAGGAGAUGAGCCGCGGCGGGGACGCGGCUGCCGCCGUGGCUGCGGUGGUUGCGGCUGCAGCGGCCGCCGCCUCCGCCGGGAACGGGAACGCUGCAGGCGCCGGGGCUGAGGUACCCGGCGCUGGGGCGGUCUCAGCGGCUGGGCCCCCGGGGGCGGCCGGGCCGGGCCCCGGGCAGCUAUGCUGUUUACGGGAGGACGGUGAGCGGUGCGGCCGAGCGGCUGGCAACGCCAGCUUCAGCAAGAGGAUUCAGAAGAGCAUCUCCCAGAAGAAGGUGAAGAUCGAGCUGGAUAAGAGUGCAAGGCAUCUUUACAUUUGUGAUUAUCAUAAAAACUUAAUUCAAAGUGUCCGAAACAGAAGAAAGAGAAAAGGGAGUGAUGAUGAUGGAGGUGAUUCACCUGUUCAAGACAUUGAUACUCCAGAGGUUGACUUAUACCAAUUACAAGUAAAUACACUUAGGCGAUACAAAAGACACUUCAAGCUACCAACCAGACCAGGACUUAAUAAAGCUCAACUUGUUGAGAUAGUUGGUUGCCACUUUAGGUCUAUUCCAGUGAAUGAAAAAGACACCUUAACAUAUUUCAUCUACUCAGUGAAGAAUGACAAGAACAAAUCAGAUCUCAAGGUUGAUAGUGGUGUUCACUAGGAGAGAUGGCGUUAAGUCUAAUAUGUGGAUGUUCAGAUGUUAAGACUGUUUACUGUUUUUUCACAUGUAGAAAUGUUCUUUGUGUAUUUUUUCUACAGAGAAUUUUCUCUGGUUUUAUUUCCUUUGUUUCUGAUUCUAAUAAUUAGCUGGAAACUCAUGUAAAAUGAGCUUCCUAGAUUAAAAAUAUUUUAAAUAAAGGUUAUUACUAUUAUAGUUGCUUCGGUGUAUUUAUUUUGUGAAACAUGAUUUUUAAACUGACUUUAGGAAUCAAUAUUAAUUGAAAUUCUAAUGUAAAGAGCCUACAUUGAUGUAACCCUUUUUUAAAAUUCUA